GACCAGCCUUCAAGACCAGAACACUAAGGUUGCUGUGGUUCUUAUCCAAAAGAAUGCUCCUCUUCCUCCAGGUAAACAUCAGUAAAUACAUAGAAGUCAAAAGAUGAUGUUAUUAAGUAGAGAGUUUUAGAUCCAUGUUUAGUGUUUUCAUGCUAACGUCAAACCAUAAGUGACUGCCAGGUCUAUCCUAUAAAUCUGCCAGAGGCAUUAUGAUGUUAUUUACAUGUCAUUUAUUGAGCUAGGCAUGGGCUGGAAAAUGGAGAAAAACUGUGCCCAAGGUCUUGAGUAUGGCCCAAGACUGGUGUCUGUAAUCGAGGUCAAGGGCACAGUUUCUUCCCACAUAGAAAAACAUGAUUGUAAGACUGUAUUUUAACAAGCUGGACCAGUGACUAGGGUACAAUUAGCCAAUCAAAGUCAAGAAUUUAAGAUUCCAGCCUGUUGACAUGCUUCAGAAAAAAAAUAUUCCUGUAUCCCAAGAUUUGAGUACCCUUCAUGGAGGAAAUUUAUGCUAUUAUAAUGAAUCACAGGUGAUGAUUUACAAGCACUAGAGAGGGCAGCAACACUGUGCAGUGCAUGUGACCUGUCAGCCAAAUCAUUGUUUGUCCUUCCACAUACAGAUCACUUGAUUGGCUACACAAUUAGGUAUUUGUUCAAAAUUUAUCAUUUUAGAUUGAUUUUGAUGAGAUUGGUUUUCAUUGAGUUUGCAAUUGAAUAUAAAAGCCCAACUUUUGUCAAAUAUAGGAAAAGAUUUAUUUAGUAAGAGUUUCAUAUUUUUUCUAUUGUAUUUUUUUCUAGCUGAUCAAGAAAAGUUACAAAACAGGACACAAUAAAGACUAAGUUAGUUAGAAUUAUUUGGAAAAAGUGACAGUGAAGUAGAAAGAAAUUGAAAAGCUUUUUUACAUGAGUAAGCCUUUAACUCUCAAGAUUUCAUUAGUAAUUCUCUUAACUGUCUGCCAUACGAUUCAUGUGAUGUUUGUGUGGAGAAUUUGGAAUUGGAUCAACCAAUAAUCCUCCACUGGAUAUUUUUUUUUCUUUAUUCUCAUUACUUGUCUGCUUGAUAUUGUACUGAUGUGUCAGGAGAAAUUUUGUCUUGGUCACUAGUGGGACUUAAAGGGUUAAAGUAACUUUAGACUCACUACAAGUUGUUUAGUUACUUACAUGGGAUGAGAAUGUUUUAAAAAUAAGGGAAUAUCUAUCAGAAAAUCAGAUGUUAUCAGCAUUUAUCAAGACUUUCCCAAGAGAGUUAACAGCCUCUCUAUUGAUUUGUGUUUUCAUCUGAUUAACCCUUUAACUCCCAGAUCAAAUUUGUAAUUCUCCUUACUGUCAACCAUACAAUUCUUAUAAUAUUAGUUUGGAGAAUUUUUGAUCAGAUCAACUACUUAUCCCCAAAUUGAUAUUUUUCUUUAGUCUCAUGUCUAAUCUAGUUGAUAUUGUAUUGAUAUUGUAAGGAGAAAUUCUGUCUUGGUCACUCAUGGGAGUUAAACGGUUGAAUGAUCAUACUACAAGUUAUCGUAGUCAUUCAUUCAAAAUAAAAAAGGAACAGGUUUGAAACUUAUGAAAUAAAUAUUUCUUCUUCUUCUUUUUUUUUAAGGCUGGAGAAUGCUUUUUAUGAUUUAGCACAGAGUUAUUACCAUGGAGAAUGUAGGAGAGUUAAAGCCCACAAGGUGAGGUUGCAAUUCUGGAAAUUUAAGGGAGUAGGGAUAAGGUCAGGUUAUUAAAAUCCCAGCCAGGAGGAAGCAACAAGCCUGUAUUUGCUUCAUGCUGCAGAAACUAGGGAGAUGCAGUGGCAGAUGUAAUAAACUGUAUCCACUGUUGAAUGGUCCUUGUCUAAAAUUUAUUUUCAACUGUCGCUGUCUACAUCAUCUUGUACAUAGAUGAUACGUAGAUGGAUGACACAGAUUGAAGAUGAGGCCACAGUCUCUGAGUGUCUUGAAUUGAAUUUUCAACUGGUCAGUAAAAGGGGAAAAGAUAGCGUUCUGGUUAGCUUUUUGGACUCUUUUGGUUUAACUGCCUUAGUUCGACAUAAAUUCAUGCUAAAGCCAUUGGGUUUUUUAGUAGGACACUCCCCCUGUACUAAGUAAAUUUCUCUUCUCAUAUCAAGGACAGAAAAGUAUCAGUAACUAAAACUGUCUGUUGGAAAAUGUGCCAAAAUUCUGGGUCAUAUACAAUCCUGUAUAACUUGCCUGGUAGCACAAUAUAAUGUUUUUAUAGAUUACCUUUUCACUAGCCAGAAUUACCAUCAAAAUAACUUUGUUGUAGCACCAAAAGUAAAAUUUUAUCAAUAUACGGAAUGAAGAGACACUUAUUAUGUUUUCAUGCUCUUUAUGAUCAUUAGGAAUUUCUUAACAAAGGAACUCAUCAGGUGAGAACUUUAAUUUGCAAAAGUGAUCUUUGUAUGUCAAUAAUUUGAUGUGAUCGAUUCUACUCAAACUACAGAACUACAUUUAGUGAAAGGCUGAGGGAAAGAGUUACCAAGAAUUCAUAGCAGAAAAAGCUUGUUGAUGUCAGCUUUGAAGGGUGUUACUUUGAAAUGUUUCUCAUUCGGUGUCUUUUUUUUUGCUACCCUCUUAUAUAUAUAUUAUUAUUAUAUUCCACCAAAGACAUCACUGAUCACAUUUUGCUUUGCACAUGGCCUCAACAAUUCAUAAAUCUCUUAUUUUGCUUCUCUACUGUUGUUGUAGCUAUUGUUGGUGCGACACCAAUUCAAGGUUGCCUUUUUCAAUGAGCUAAGACAAGACCCUCACUCUGCUAUCAAGUAAGUUCGUCAGUAUUUAUUUUUUUAUUGAUCUUACAAUGACAACAAUUAGUUGGCCAAAAGGUAGAUCUCAGUGUUUCCCUUUUUUUCGGUUAAGGGGUCAGGAAGGAAAAGGAACUUUCAGGGCUGUAUUAGCCAACUUUCUGUUGAGAGACUUUUUUGAGAAAAGAAAAUAUAAAGAGGAAAAGUAGAAAUGAAAAUUUUGAAAAGGACACCUUGUGAGAAUAUUAAACAAUAUACUUUCAGCUGACAGCAAUGCUUGUCUCUGAAAUGAUCAGCAAUUAGUGUAGGAUUUUCACAAGGUAUCUCAAGGUUUAGAACUAGGACAGUGGAGGAGAAGGAGCAAAUUUUUUUUUUAUGAAAGAAAAUGACAGAGAGUUAAAAGUUGUUCUGCCUUGCCACAUGACAGCCAAAGACAGUUUACAAAAUUGGCAACUCCUGCCACAGAUUUCUUCCCCCAAUAUUUUCAGUCUUCCUGCCUUAGAGAUCUCUCAACGUAAACUCCCAAGUUAGUUACAUUUGCAUAUUAACAUACCAGACAUCAGCUGAUUGAUGUAAGACUUUUUUAAUUUUUAACCCCAGGCACUACAGGCAAGCAUACAGUCUUCUUGGAGAAAUCAAGACAACUGACAUGAACAUACUAGAGAUCAAAGUUGUUGCUGGAUUUAUUAAUUACAAGGUUUGUGUUUUUUCAUAUUUUAGAACUCUAAUCAAUAUAUAUUUGGUGUAUACCAUUGUAAUAAUAGUUACAUAAAAGUAAUGAUGUGAAGAAGACAUUGUACAUCUUGGAUGAGUUAAAGACAUGAUCUCUUAUCACGUAAUUUUACAUUUUUGGGAUUAUGUACUCCUUUUGUCAAAUAUGCAAGGUAAAUUUUUCACCAGAUACCUUAAUUGUGCCGUUAAAUCAAAAGAUCUCCAUCUGUAAUUCUAAGUCUGAGGUGUACAGUCAAGUCGCUCUUAAGUGGGCACUUUAGGGAGGUGGCCAUUUAAUAAGUUUAUUUUAGAAAAAUAUAAUCAGAAAGUUACGAGUGAACUAUGGUACAGUACUUAUUUGGUAUUUAUUAAUUCUUGAAAUCAGUUUACCCACUUAACCAUCCAAUUUCAUUUUAGAAUGAAACUACAUUAUAGAAUGUGUCGCUUACAACGUUGAUGAAGUAUUCCUUAUUUCUCUCUGAUUUUAUAACAAACCUGUCGGUGACUGCUUAUGAGAAACACAGUACAAAAAAUGUGUCCAACAUUUUUUAAUAUGGUCACUUACAGGAGUGUUUUGGAAAUGGUGACAAACAGAAACAAAAUGGUUAUUGGCAGAGUGGUCACAAAAAAAACCAAAUAUCUUUGAAAACAUUUGAUGCUAAAUUUAGAUUCAGUGGAAUUUAAAUGUCCUAUGGGACCAAUAUAUCUGGUGAUUUAUAUCCCUCCUACAACAUAUAUUACAGACUUUUGAGUUAUCCUGACAACCAAACAGUAUUAAUCAAUUUUUAUUAAUUGUCUCACAGAUUUGCCGUCUAAGUUUCCAAGCAUCAGCCCCAUGAGAUGCCAUAUUACAAUUCAGAAAGCAUGUGGAUUUGUUUAAGGAAAAGGUUGGCUGCCCUGACUUAGCCUUUGAACACUCAGCCUGGCUCUCCAAACAGUGAGUAUUUUUUCUGUUUAGCCUCCUCACUCUUUACUGGAAGGUCUGCACUCAGUUUGUUUUUUGGGCACUUACAUAAUAUGUACAGCUAAAGUACCUCCCUCCACCCCAGAGUUGAAAUAAGUAUUGGCCAAUAGGGGGGUGGGGGUAGGGGGUAAUCUACCAGACCUAUAUGUAGCAUCAAAUCCAGAGAGAGAACUUUUAGUCUCUUUAUGCCACAGAAACCAUGAUAAGCUUUGAUGUGGUGAGUCCUCUUUGGUUUGUGUUCUAGAAGGUUUUUGCUUUCAAAGAAACCCAAGCUGUGACCAGGAUCUAACAACUCUUGUUUCUUAACAACAUUAGAUCAAGAACAGGUCAAGUUUAAGUGAAAUUUUUGAUUGAACUUUUCAACGUAAUGGAACUGAAAUGAUGAAAACAGGAGACUUUUAAAUAAUUUGUUAGUCAGUUCAAUGAUGAAUAAUUGUCAAAGUUAAUACAACAUGCUGUAUGGUAGGGAAUUAUAGAGGCUUAAUCAAUAACAAACUAUGUGAAAAAUUAAUACAGGUUCAGUUUAUUUGGAGAACUGUUUGAUGAAGCCAUCAGAAAUGGUUUAACCGCCUUACAGGUAACAAUGUAGAAGAUCUGUGUUGGCAUAUUGGUUUAAUGAAUGAAAUAUUUAUUUAUUAAAUCUACAAACAACAAUACAUCUGUAAGAAGAGAAAGAAAUUCUUACUAAUUAUGUUACUAAGUAUUCUGAAUUGGUAUUUAGAAUAAAGAAAAAAUUGUCUCCCAUUAUGCCAUAUCUCUUAUGAUAAUUGUAUGCAAUAUAAAUGAAUAGAAUGGAGUGUUUUUCUGUUUUAAAGGUACUUUUUUGUCAUCUCUUAACAAUCAUGAUGAUCUUUUCUCCCCUAAUUAAAUUUUGGCUAUAAACAGAGAGAGGCACCUUAAUAAAUAGGAUUGAUGUAAAUGUGCCCAAACAAAUCUGGUCUAGUGACUGAUUAGAGUGUCCAAAUCAGUCAUACUCUCAGAUUCUGGUAAAGACUUAACUGUUACAUUAUCACAGACUCAACACCCAGGAUUUUACUAUCAACAAGCAGCAAACAAUGCCAUUGUCAGGAGACAGCUUUGCCAGGGCUUGUGUCAUGUAAGUAAAAUUAUUAUCAUGCCAGAGGAUUGCUGAGAAAGAUCUGAAGGAACAGUGACAGACACAAACUCAAAGGAGCAAUAUUUUUCUUAAUGAAAGUGACCAUUUUUUUAUCAUUAGUUGAAACUUACCAAUAAAAAUUUGAAGACUAGAACUGUCUGACUUAGGUAAUUUUGAAGUACAAAUUAUUUCCAAAGAACUUUUCCUGGAGGGCCUUACCCAGAUAAAUUGGGCUACAUACUGGAGGUCAAAGCUUGUUUGGACAGUUAUCAAAAAGAUAUCCUAUAUCCAAACAUAUUACAAAAGGCCAUCUUUUGCCAAUUCAGCUGUGUACACAGAACUCCCCCCCUCUAACAAUGUUGGUAAAGCCUAAGUUUAGGCACUACAUCCUGGUAACGUUUACAAAGCAUACAAAAUUUGAAAUUGUUUGGGGGAGGGGCAGGGAAGGUUUUGAUAUAAGUAAUAUUGCCUUAGACUUUAAACCACCCUUGUAGUGUGGGAUAAUGUUGAAUGUAAACUAGUGGCAAGAAAGGGUCAUAGAUUCCCUUCAGAGUACACCUAACCAAAAACUAAUUAACUACCACUCAAAAGGGUCAUUUGUUUUCUGCAUGUAAUUAACUUUUAUUGUUCAUUGAGUCUGAUGAGUUACUUUUUAGUUAAUACAUUGGAAUCUGUUAUUAAUUCAUCUCUAGACUACCACUCCACUUACUAUGAAUCCCUUAGAAAAUGCUGGAAAUCUCGACUUCUAUGGUCAGAGACCUUGGAGACAAGGUUUUCAAGGUAACUGCAAAUAUAUAAUUUUUUCCACUGGCAGUGUCUUUUAGAGUAAGUACAAAAGGUGUUGAGACACUCAGUAAGUUUCCUUUGCAAACCAUGUACUGGUUGAAAAGCUCAGUGUUUGAAUUUUGUUCCAUUAGAUGAGAGAAAACUUUUUGUGUAUUAAAAACACUCUGUCGGAAAAAAAAUUUUAAAACUUUUUUUUUGAGCUUAUUUGAAACUUGAUCUGUUGAGAUGCAAUACUUUCCUUUAAUUUGUAGAACUGCUGGGUUCAUUUGACUUAAUAUAUUUGUAGGAACAGAACCACCAGAUGCAGGAAUAGAGAAGGCUGGAAUUAUAGCCUUGCAGUCCCAAGAAAUCCAAGUGGACCAUUCUGUAAGUGCACUGUGUUGUUUGGUAGACUUUCAUUUCAAGAAAAUUAAGAUCAGAUAAAUGUCAGGGAGAAGUCAUGGUGUCAAAUUAAGUUUAAAUGCAAGGUCAAUAUGACUGUGAAUUUUUGGUUGUGCACAUUUGCAUAAAUGAGCUUUCUAGCCAAACCAAAGCAAUUAUGAAUUUGAAAUCCUAAUUGCCAGUAUUACAUAAUACCUUGUUAGCAAAUACUCUUACCAUCAAUCUCUUUGUUUAUGCUAACCUACUUUGUAUAUUUGGUUGAGGUACUUAGAAUAUUGGCUCCUUUUUUUUUUUUUCUCGCAGUGGGUUAUCAUUCCUCUUCUCAGUAGUGCAGUGGCUCAGUUUAAAAAGUACAAAUCACCCAGGAUGAAGAGAUACCUGAGUAAGUUCUCUCUUUUUUAACUUUAACCCUUUAAACCCUAAGAGUGACCAGCAUCAAAUUUCUCCCCACAAUAUCAGCCCUGAAUCACAUGUUAAGGUCAUGAGAAUAAAGGAAAUGAUCACCAACCAAAGAGGCUUUUGAUUGGUGAACAAAAUCUCCUUGUCAGCACCUUAGGAAAUGUAUAAAGAACAGUAUGGAGAAUAUAUAGACUGAUUUUAGAGUAUAAAGGGUUAAGAACUUAGCAAGAUGCAACUAAAAGCUUUUGUUUCUUCAUGACAAGUACAUGUAGUGCUUUUAAAAGUGACCAAAGUCAAGACAGACGAAUUUGCACUCGUGCUACACGAGAAUGCACUCGUUUUUAGCCAAUCAGAAGUGCGUAAUUUUUGCAUGUACAUUAUUAACGUUCUAAUAUCAUGAGAAAAGAGAGACCGCUGAGCAGUACCUGUACGACAAAAGAGAACUUUAAGUUUAUCAUUAUGUCUUGUGGUGUGGUUGUGAACAUGAGAACGUUUCGUGAUGAUUAUAACCUGACAGAAACUAUUUCCUGUUAAUUCUGCAGUGGUUCAGAUGGGUGAGGAGUAUUACCACGCCAGGGAUUACAGUAAAGCUUUAUUGUGAGUAAAGCAGUAGAGAAAGUUUCAGUUUAGAAUCAGUAGUGGUCGAGUAUUGUACCAUAGGCAGACCAGGCCGUUUGAAGCGUUUUUUUUAAGAAAUUACUUUCGGCCGGAGGCCAUUAUGAGAAAGUUAUUUCGUAAAAAAGGCGCCAACAUACCACAAAAUGAGUUGAAUUACAUUUCAUUUAACUUUAUGGAGAAAGUCAGACCGAGAUGUAAUUUAGGUAUGCAUUUUUCAGGGCUUUAUUCAUAACCCUCGUGGAGACUGGGUCCGCUCAAGGGGAGGGUGGAUUGUAUCUUCUUCCAGCAAAGACCAAAGUCAUACCAUUUCAACUAGUGCCCCAGCCUGAGGAUGUUGGAAAACUACUUCAGGUAAAAAAUACUGAAAUACUUCGCCAUACGAGUCUUUGCACUUAUCAAUAAUUUCUUCGUAUGAAAUGAUAAUUGUUGAAGUCAGCUUACGAGACUAGUAGCCAAAAGAGGAAAAGCUAAUGGUUUUUUACUAGAAGCUAUGUUUAGAGUGUUGCUGUCAGUCCAAAGUAAGAUUGCCCCCCUCCCCUGCUUCCCCGCGCUUUAUCAUUCCUAGGUGUAGAGUAAAGAAUUUUUGUCCAAGGACAUUACUCAGUGAUCCCAACCCAGGGCUCAAACCCAGAUCUCUCGGUGGUGUCACCGGCAAAGUCUGACAGAAAACUUUUUUCCAGAGGAGACCGCUUUAAAAGAAACUUCAGAUUUAUUUUUCUUCGUUGUGGUUCUUAGGUCACCUCCGUUGCUCUGGAGUUGGGGUCCCGUGAGUCUCGGUGUGCUGUACUGGUGUGGAGUGGCUGGGGAGGGGAGACUGGUAACCAAAACCUCCCUUUGUAUCAUAUGGUUUAAAAAAUCCGCCAGCAAGGAGGAUCAGUUUGACUGGGAUGAGUUAAAGGUCAUCUCGAAAAUUAAGUAAGUCAUGCUUGUUUUCCAUUGAAUCUUUAGCUACGGAGUGGAGUAAAUAUGAACAAUUAUUAAAAGACAUAGAGGUGAAUUGUUGUUUCAGUUUGUACCACAGAAACUGAAUAACUAGUGGUCCAAAACAUUUUUAACGUAUCUACCUCCCAGUUAGCCAAUCAGUGCGCACAAAGAACGGUAUCCACUUGAAUGGUAAUUAAACCCUAAGAGUGACCAGCAUCAAAUUUCUCCCUAAAAUAUCAGCCCUGAAUCACAUGUUAAGGUCAUGAGAAUAAAGGAAAUGAUCACCAACCAAAGAGGCUUUUGAUUGGUGAACAAAAUCUCCUUGUCAGCACCUUAGGAAAUGUAUAAAGAACAGUAUGGAGAAUAUAUAGACUGAUUUUAGAGUGUAAAGGGUUAAGAACUUAGCAAGAUGCAACUAAAAGCUUUUUUUGUUUCUUCAUGACAAUGUACAUGUAGUGCUUUUAAAAGUUAACAAAGUCAAGACAGACGAAUUUGCACUCGUGCUACACGAGAAUGCACUCGUUUUUAGCCAAUCAGAAGCGCGUAAUUUUUGCAUGUACAUUAUUAACGUUCUAAUAUCAUGAGAAAAGAGAGACCGCUGAGCAGUACCUGUACGACAAAAGAGAACUUUAAGUUUAUCAUUAUGUCUUGUGGUGUGGUUGCGAACAUGAGAACGUUUCGUGAUGAUAAUAACCUGACAGAAACUAUUUCCUGUUAAUUCUGCAGUGGUUCAGAUGGGUGAGGAGUAUUACCACGCCAGGGAUUACAGUAAAGCUUUAUUGUGAGUAAAGCAGUAGAGAAAGUUUCAGUUUAGAAUCAGUAGUGGUCAAGUAUUGUACCACAGGCAGACCAGGCCGUUUGAAGCGUUUUUUUUUAAGAAAUUACUUUCGGCCGGAGGCCGUUAUGAGAAAGUUAUUUCGUAAAAAGGCGCCACAAAAUGAGUUGAAUUACAUUUCAUUUAACUUUAUGGAGAAAGUCAGACCGAGAUGUAAUUUAGGUAUGCAUUUUUCAGGGCUUUAUUCAUAACCCUCGUAGAUUUUUUUCGUCUCAUGUCAACAAUUAGUUAAGUAACAACAAACACAGUGUGGUCUGAUUGUGAUUGCACGGCCGCUCCUUUGAUUGAUGUUUAAAAUCUAGCUUUUCGUUGUGUUUUUCACGUUACCAUGUUCCUACCAAUAGCUUAGCUCCAAUUUUCUUUAUAUAAACCACACACGACUCUCAAUUCCUCCAUUCGCUCUAACGAAGGGCUAACGCUCGUAACGUCAGCGUUAGAAACACUAUUAACGGUGGCCAAUUUUCUUUAUCACCUCAACUAACUUUACCGACCUCCGCCGAAGCAGCACCAAAGUGUCUUCAUAAACUUACUCCAUUUAUUGUUGUCAUUCUUUUUGUUGUUCUUUAAGGUUGUUGGGAAAAGUCACGUGGGAUUACCGCACAGAAAAAUGGUGGUCACUUCUCACGUCAGUUUUAAUCACAUCACUGAGGUACUGUUGUUUUGUAGUAAGUGAGAGAAGAUUUGUACUCUCCAGCUCUUGUUUCUGAGAACUCAACAUGUAAGCAUUUUCAGUUGAAAUAAUCUGAGUUUACUUUAGUUUUGCAUUACCUUGCUCUUAAAUUGGUCUUGAAAACACGCGCUACCCUCUCAACCAAUCAGAAGUAAAAUUGAAGCCAAUGGCGCCUUGGUUACGCGCGUUUUCCUGCACUUCAGGCAGGUUACUUGUUUUUUCUCUAAGUUACCCCUUGUGGUAUUUACCAUCACUGUGAUUGGUUGUUGGGUUUACCUUGGUUGUGGUUGGCAACACGUUAUUGAAAAGCCCUUAAGCGCGAGAAUCAGGGAUAGUAUGUCGAUGUUGGUGGAAGUUUGGCUCAUUUACAAUGCGGACACAACCAACUCGGACAGACAGAAUAAUUCCACGUCUGUUCAGUUGGACUGCUACAAUGCCAAAAAUCAAAGUUGGUCUUCUUUUUUCCAUGUCAAAUUAUUGUCAAGGGGUUGUUUAUGAAUAGCAACUUUGGGGGUAGAACAUUCAAAACAGCUUUUCUCAACUUCAAAUUUAGAUUUAUUUAUUUUUACAUCCAUUGUCUACUUAACUCUUAUGACAGGUGUGCAUACUUGGUUGGCAAUGUGGAGGAAUAUAUCACCCUUUCGCUUGAAUUGACAGGAAGAUGUAUCCUUGAAAAUAUUGCCUAUCAUCUGAAUAACUGAAUGUAGCAUUUUUUUUUUGAUGAAAAGAUUCUCUUAGUUAGAGUUAUUUUCAAUGCAAAGUGAUCUGGGAUUGCAUUGGUUUAACUUAGCUUCGUAAUGUGAUUGGUCAAGAAAACUCGGGCCACUUUCUCCACCAAUCAGAUGUAAAACUAAAACCAACCACGACUUGGUCACCCGCUUUUUCCCGCGCUUCAGGCAGGGUGCCUGUUUAUGCUUUGAGUUCUUAUUGAUUCUUCAUGCUAGUCACUCUUAGGGGUUAAAGGGUUAAAGUGAUUUCCAAGUCAGGUGGAAAGGCUGAAAAGCGCCUUCAAAACGCAAGGUACUCUACGGUAACCAACUAGUAAGGUUGCAAAAUUUGGGAAUUUUAGAAUAAUAUCAAUUGACUAUUGUAGUCGUAUUAAGCUGAACAGAUUUUCUCUAAGUCAAAUCCAUCUCGUUGUAAAAGUGAAACAUCAUACCCAAUAUGUGAUAUUGUAUUGGUGAUAGAGUCCUUGAUUCAAGAAAAAAUCAGAUGUUGAAAAUUCACCAGAGGAGAAAACAAGAUGUCAAACUAAUCUUAUUCACGUCAUGUCGGUAAGGACUUAUUUCAAAUGGUCGUUUAAAGAGGAUUUCUGGAAGAACAUUUAUUGUAGAAUGAGUUUACGCUGAGUUUCUCUGUUUUUGUCAUCUACGACCCUGACACUGGUGAUUUAAACAUAGAAAGCGCGCGCGCGCCUGAACGCGAGUUAAACGCGUGGGAAAGAGAGUUUCUUUGCUUUUCUUUUCUUUCUUUUUGGCUGGUCUUUCGCGCGUAGAUAACUCGCGUUUUCGCCGAGCGCUUCUUACAGGACAAGCAUGUUACGAAAAACAACUGAAUUCUUAUCGCUGUAUCAUUUCUUAUUUUUCAUUGGAAUUACAAACAGAAUGAAUGUCCUGAGCCCGAGCCAGGCUGUGACUUUGAAGCAGUGGAAGAAGCUAAGGAGCUAUGGAAAACACUUAAAGUGACACCACAGGCACCCCAAGUAUUUACCAUACAGAUGGAACAAAUAGCACCAUUUGGUGAGAAAAUGUCAACUCUAUUGUGUAUUUUUUCUCUUUGCGCUGAUAUCAUUUCACAAUUUACAGAGGCAGAAACUGAAUUUGGCUGUAGAAACUGCUAAAUUCAAUUUCCAAAUACAGCAAAUAAAAUCUUGCAGGGUAGGAAAAAACUCUUCUUUAAUACCCUUUGAAACCAAGGCUUGAUAAGGUGACGGGUAAAAUCUUUAAACUCAAAAUAUUAAUGAGUGAAUGAAUUUAUUUUAUUUGUCUUAUGCAAAGGAGUGUGUGAUAUUUUAAUAUUUCCUGUUGUUUUCAAUUUUGUUCUUUCUCCAGUGGAAUGUAAGCUAGUCUUUGAUUUAGUUUCAACAACAGCAGAUUCUACCAUCCUUCUUCAAAUUUACUUAAGGUUUGUAAAGUCCUCUUAGAGUCGCUUAAUCCAAAACAGCUUUCACCCUUAACUUUCAAGAUCUAAUUAAUUCUCCAAACCAAUGACAGAUUUUUCUUUUGAUGGUGAGUCAUGAGAAUUUCGUUUUAUACGUGACAAACAGAUUCCAUGAUGCCGUGUGUCUGUUCAUUAACAGAUCACAGACGACGUCAAAAUGUUGAAAUAACAAAAAAGUGAUACAUUUUCACGUCUGCACUGAAAUUAUUUAGCUCUGCUAUACAUGGUAACGAUUCGGUGAUUCUUUGUGAGCGUUAUGAAGUACGCGAUCUGACCCCAAACCUCUCUGGUUUUCACUCUGCUGCUACUGUCGCGCUUUAUAGCGUUUUACCCUCUGAACGCAUGGAAAGAGAGUUUGGUGUUAUAUUUGACAAACAGGUUCCAUGAUGCCGUACGUCUGUUCCAUAAUAGAUCACAGACGACCUUAAAAUGUUGGAAAGAACCAAAAAGUGAUGCAUUCUGAUGUCAUCUGUGAUUUAUUAUUAAACAGACGCACCGUAACAUGUCGUCGCUUUCUUGAAUAUCCCUUGAUGGAUCAUUUUCAGUUCUUAAUUCUCGUAAACUUUCUGUUUUACAUAUUAUUAAAGUAUGGAGAAUUUAAGUUCUGAUUACUCGUGGGAAGAAUAUGGUUAAGAGGAAGCUUUUAAGAGACCACAACCUUGGUUCAAAACUGUCAGCACUGAAGUUAUUUAGCUCUGUUAUGCAUGGUGACGAUUCGGUGAUUCUUCGAGAGCACUUUUUGAUUGAGUGUUGUAAAGCAACCUAAAAUAACCACAACGGUCACUCAGGACAAAAGAAAAUAUCACGAGAAGUUUAUGAAAACUCAGCGUACAAACAAACUGCCAUUGAGCGCGGGAAAAGGCGGGAGAUUGGUCGAGAGAGUGGCUCGACUUUUCAAGACCGAUCUUUGACCGUAACGAAGAAAAACUGAUGUAGUCUCGGAUUACCAUUGACAAUCAAUUAAAAGUUGUUCUAAGUAAAGGUCUAAACACUCGUUAUUGUUGUGUGUUGUUAUAUUUCAGGGUUUCUUGCCCAUUUCCCCUCCGAUUCUCGAAGAUUGCCGUUUUCUUCAGCAAUCAGGUAAGUUAAAAUAUUCCUAUAUACGUAAGACUAGUGUUACUUUGUUUCGCCAAAAUAUGAAAGCACAGUUUAGUCUCGCGCUUACAAUAGCAAGGUAACUACCACAGCUAACUGGAACGAAGGUCGACCAUAAAAUGCACCAAGGAGAACUAAAAUCAAACAAUUGUGUGCAACAGUAAGUGUAGGAAAACGCGGAUAAUAAAAGCACGAUUGGUUUGGUUUUGCAUAUGGCGUUGAGCUGAUGUCUCAUUGUCUAUGAUCUUGAAGGCGUCAAAAGUGAAAUGUAAUCAUUUGUGGUCACUUUGGAUGUGGAUCGCAAUGUUUCGACUGCAUACUGCCAGUCUUCCUUGGGCGAUGAGGUCGAUCGAGUACACGUCACUAAUAUGCUCUUGUGCUCAGCUGUGAUUGGAAUUUCACGGCUGUGAUUGAAUGCUUGGAACAGGCUAAUUUCGUGUCUGCUUGCCUGUAAUCAUGCCAUGACACUCUGGAUGCUAGUUUGGUUGCAUUUUCUACUGGCCUGACUCAAUUUUCUGUUAUCUUUUAUCUUAGUUUUAUAACCAACAGUGUGUUGUGGAGACUGGUUCCGCUCAAGGGGAGUGUGGACUGUAUCUUCUUCCAGCAAAGACCAAAGUCAUACCAUUUCAACUAGUGCCCUAGCCUGAGGAUGUUGGAAAACUACUUCAGGUAAAAAAUUACUGAAAUACUUCGCCAUACGAGUCUUUGCACUUAUCAAUAAUUUAUUCGUAUGAAAUGAUAAUUUUCGCAGUCAGCUUACGAGACUAACAGCCUAAAGAGGAAAAGCUAAUGGUCUUUUACUAGAAACUAUCUUAAGAGUAUUGCUGCCAGUCCAAAGUAAGAUUGCCCCCCUCCCCCCGCUUCCCGCACUUUAUCAUUCCUAGGUGUAGAGUAAAGAAUUUUUGCCCAAGAACAUUACUCAGUGAUCCCAACCCAGGGCUCAAAGCCAGAUCUCUCGGUAGUGUCACCGGCAAAGUUUGACAGAAAACUUUUUUCCGGAGGAGACUGCUUUAAAAGAGACUUCAGAUUUAAGCUUUCUUCGUUGUGGUUCCUAGGUCACCUCCGUUGCUCUGGAGUUGGGGUCCCAUGUCUCGGUAUGCUGUACUGGUGUUGAGUAGCUGGGGAGGGGAGACUGGUAACCAAAGCCUCUCCUUUGUGUCAUACGGCUUAAAAUCCGCUAGCAAGGAGGAUCAGUUUGACUGGGAUGAUUUGAAGGUCAUCUCGAAAAAUUAAGUAAGUCAUGCUUGUUUUCCAUUGAAUCUUUAGCUACGGAGUGGUGUAAAUAUGAACAAUUAUUAACAGACAUAGAGGUGAAUUGUUGUUUCAGUUUGUACCACACAAACUGAAUAAUUAGUGGUCCAAAACAUUUUUAACGUAUCUACCUCCCAGUUAGCCAAUCAGCGCGCGCAAAGAACGGUAUCCACUUGAAUGGUAAUUGCUUACAGGUUUGAAUCACAUGGCACUGAGAGUUCUUCGGGAAGUAAUUAGUCAAAUGAAUAAUUACGACCCCAGAAAGCUGGAAUUUAUUGUUGAUAUAUGUUCCCUUCGCGAACUCUUUACGCCAGAAUUGAACCGCGCAAGCCUAGAGUUAAUAUCACACUGAAGCACGAACCACCCGCCCUCGUAAACGAGCUUUAUAAACUUCAGCUGGUUGUUGAGAGUUUGGAAGAUACACCGCUGAAAGACGUCAGGUAUGCCUUUUUAGUGUGUUUUUAUCUAAGUGUUGAAAAAGAACGUGAACCAGUUCUCUCCUCUCCUACCGUCAUUUGAAAGUAAUGCAACAUGUCUUUGCCUUUCUCUCAUUUUCGCGCUUUUGUCAAUCUUCGUGAACCUAACUCCUCUUUCAAGCGUUACAAUAACAAUUAAUGCCUUUUUUUAGAGUAUGGCUUGGAUUUCAGGACGAGCAGGAAUCUCCCGAAAGAGGUGAGUGUUUUAAAACAACAACGUCUUCCCAAAUGUUAUAUCGUCAUAUGUCAAUAAAGAUAUUCAAUCUGAGAGAGCCUGGGUAUUUUCCUGUGUCGGAAGAUUAGAGCGUUAAAGUGCUUUUUGAUUUAGCGUCGUAAACCAAAACCACAGGAAUCACAACAGCCAAUCGGAAGAAAGGAAAAUAACUUUAAGAGCCAAUUAGAGUUCAAGGUAAAACCGAAGUUUUACAUCUGAUUGGUGGAGAGAGAGGCGCUAGUUUACUAGACCAAUCACACAGCGAAGUUAAGCGAAAUCAAUGAAAUCUUUGUUUACUUUUAACACUCAAUUGAAAACUGCUCCAAAUUGCAUUCAUAAUUUAACCGAUUAAAAUUUAAUUUUUGUUGAUGUUUUUCGUUCAAAAUGUUAAGUUUCUGUUAAUUGUAUUUCCAGGCGCUUUGAUAUACUCAGAAGUACCCGCAGCAGAUAAGACUGAGAGAGAUGCAACGAACUUUUUGGAAUUUACUGUGGAUGGAAUGACUGAUAAGGUAUGAUAGGUUGUAUAAAAGAUGAUACUUGGCCGUGCAUGGCUACGAAUUUAAUCUUCGACCCUUGCGUCUCUACCUUUAACCAAGAAGCUAUGCAUUUCAGAGCGAAAUUUGAUUUGCGACACGUGAGAUUUGUGUACAGAAAACUUUGAUGGUGGUGGUGAAUUUAUUGUUUUGUUCACAUUGAGAACCUCAUGACACGCUGAAUUUUUAUCCUUUUAGACGUUUUGGUGUGUAGUAUGGCUGUAAUUUUUACGAUGUUGCCGUAUUUUGACAACCGAUUCAAAUUUGAAACCAACGAAUGAAAAUACUCAAUGAUACUAUACACCAAAACUUCUAAUAAGUUAUUCGUUAUCCAACUGAUUUAUUUAUACGAAAAUGUCGUCUUUUCUUUUCUCCAAUAAGCCAACUCACGCAAAGCAUAGCCAACCUGUCAAAAAGGUUUUUUUUUUUUUUUUUCUUUCUUAUUCUAUUUACAAAACAUGACGCCAACGACAUUGCUGAUCCUAGCAGUAUGCAGGACGUGUGUCAUAUAUGAGCUUCGUAAAGGGAAUUGCUUACCAUAGGGUCUCUGUGACUCAGUGGUAAAGCAUCGAAGCGCGGAAUCCGAAGGUUUGAGGUUUGAUUCCUCAUGGAGAAUGUUUUCUUUGUCCUACGUUCGAGACGAGACGAAAAACACCUUUCUCUUUUUCUUUACCGAUCUUAAAAAUAACCGUCUUUUUAAUCUAUUUACAAGGUUUUUUUUGCAGUACAAAGUAACCAACUGUCGAAAUAACCGUACAAUAUCGAGGGUAAUUUGUACUCGUUGCGCGCGUUAUUUCUUUUUGAUAUUCUAUGUAGUGCUGUGGGAUAAAAAACGUACCUUUACUUCGUUUGUCUGGUGUGCAGGAAAAUAAGGCUUUAACGCUAAUAAACCACCCUAAUUCACGUCUUGCAUAUUGUCAAUGUGUCCCUUUCGUCUUUUCUUUCUAGAUCGAGAGGUCGUACUUCGUCAAAUGCUCUUAAGUAGGAUCGCGGACUGUAACAGCAAAGGUAUAAUACUUAAGUAAGCUAUAAUUGUACCUUUAAUCACAAUUCUUUGGGCGUCUAUUUAGAGACCUCAAGUCAAAUUGUCGUGCAAUAGGUAGCCUGCAGAAGAGGCGUUUUUAAGGCGAACGAGGAUUAGAGAAAGGGGAGGAGUGCCUUAUUUUUCCCCGCCUUUCCCUCGUACGUCACUUCCGCUUGCCUCCGUUCGCCCUAUUGUGCUUGUUCUGCGGGCUAUGCGUUCCGUUCAGUACGUAGUUAAUAGAUCUCUAUACAAUACCUUUAGAUACGCAAUAUUUUGGUAUGUUCUUACUCUCUUAGGAUCGAGUUUCAAGUUACGAUAUCUUGCAUUCUUUGAAAAGAUUCCUAUCAGUGCUUAAUCAUCCUAAUCAUUUCCUUAUUUUUUUAUUUAUUUAUUUUUUUAUGCAGAUUAUCUAUACUGUAGAUGUCCAAGUUGAACCAAAUUCUUCGCCAGUCACCUGUACCUGUGCCAAGGUGAGAUCACCCUUUUGUGUCUUAAAAGUAAAAGUAAAACUACCUCUCAGUAUUUCCACAUUUAAUUUUAAUUCUCGUUGGCUUUGUAAUGUAGUUGCACUUGUGAAUGUGAGUUGCACUUGUAACAUGGAGCGCUUUUCGGUUGACUGUCAUAAAACCAAAACCAAAGCAAUCACAACGGCUAAUCAGAAGAAAGGAAAAUAACUGAAAGAGCCAAUGAGAACUCAAAAGAAAAACAACAAUACCCAAAGGGCGGGAAAACGUGGCUUUAGUAUUGCAUCUGAUUGGUUUAGAAAGUGGCGCGAGUUUUCUGGACCAAUGAUAGAACGCAAGUAAUCUCAGAUUUCUUUCGACACGCAAUUAAAAAAUCCUCUACCUGGUGAAUACAAAAUCACGACGACUUUUUGCUUUCUUCUUUCUCUACUGUCCUGACUUAUACCCGCCCUAGGAGGAAAGUGUUGUUAUCAAGACUGUUAUGCCAUUUGAAAUCUCUUUGUCUCUGACAGGUAAGGGAAAAUAGGCAAUAUUUUUUACGAUGUAAUUUUACGUCUCUUGGAAUCGAUCAAACUUGCGUUUUUGGCUAUGUUAGCAAACUCGCUCUCGCUCUUGUCUCAAAUUUUUUUUAUUACAUUGAAAGUUAUGGCAUAAAUUAAUGCAUCUAUAAAUCCGUCAAAAAUUUUUGAUCGCUGCAUAACUCUACGAAUAUAAACCUGGUCUGGUGCAUCAAGAAACACUUUCUGACUAACACGCAUCUGAAUGAGGGUGCUGUGGUUUGAAUUGAUGAUUAGCGCUAAGUUGUCUUUUACCACGCGAUGAAAAUUCAAUUGUAAGGUUCCUAUACAAAGUAACGCAGUGUCUAGGCUAGUAAAUGGGGACCUCAGGCAGUCAGGAAGGCAACGCCGCAGUAAACGAUGGUUUAAAAAUGAAUUUAUAAUUUCGCGAAUGGCUAAAUGCGUUUACUGCUUCUUGUAGCGCCACACGUCAACCGCAGCUUAACGUAUGGCAGCAGCGUUGAGUUCCAAACGGGCGCUUAGAUAGUUUGCCAUCGGGUUUUCCGUUCACAGACCACACAAAUUUGGUUGAUUUCAAGUUGUUGUUUUGCAAAAAACGGGUAAGAAAUGUACAAAGUUUUGAAAUGCACGUGCCGAUCAAUUGUUCUGAAGAUUAGAUAUUUUGUUUUGUUAUGCCCUCGUUGUCGUCGUCGUGGUUUGCUUUUGUUUUGUUUUGUUUGUUUGUUUUUUAUGAGGGGGGUGGGGGGUGUAAGCCAAAGCAAUGUAAUGAGUUCAAAUCAUUGAUUUGCGUUCAUUCUCAGUUGGAGAGACUGGAUCAGCUGUUCGAAGAAGAACCAUUCCUCUUAUUAGCUGGCAUCAAAUGCACCUCACCUUGGCCUGUUACCAUGGUCACCACUACAUUGAAUAUGGUGAGUUUACAAACAAUUUAUGUUCGUAAAAACUUGAUUUGUCUUCCUUUAGAAAAUAUAGUCGUGAAGAUAAGUUAAUGGAGCAGGAGAGCAAGUGCUGCAAGAUAUUGGGUGCGGUGGGGUGGGUCGGAGCGAAAUCUCCGAUUAAGUGGAAGAGUUAAUCUCUGGGUUCACUUAGUAUCCCCUCCCCCGAGUCAAGCUGGGAUUGUAUAUAUACUACAGCUUUCGUGCGUGUGUCGGAACCGCGCGAAAAUAAUAUGUCAUGAAUUAUUUUUCAACCUUUGGAUAAGAUGACAUGUCUCGAAUUGAUCUUCUCAAACUUACUGCAAUUUAACUCUUUGAAGAAAAAGUAGCCUGAGAAAUUCAGGUUUUAUCGAGGAUUGACAAGGAACCUAUAUCUUCUUGAGAAUAGUCGGUUCCUACUUUCAACUGUGCUUCGAAUUAGAAGCAGAAAUUCUGGAGAACUGUUUGUUUGUUUGUUUGUUUGAUUUCAGUCUCCAGAAGUGAAUAUUGUGGGCGAAGAGAUGGGAUCGCAGCUGCAAGGAA